AUGGCCUUUGCCAGUUGCUUGUCUGCCCAGCUCCUGUUUAGACGACUCUCCCAGCCGUUGCUCCAGCAGCGCGGGGCCUGCGCGCGGACCAUGGUUCUGGACCGCUGUUUCGCCCUGGAGCUCCCUGACUGCACUUUGGCUCACUUCACUCUUUGCACUGAGACCCGCGGCAGUGCUCUCGGAGCCUGUCAGCAUUCUCGCCUGGCCGCGAUUCUGGGCUCCCCGGGGCGCAGCUACUCCCUGUGCGUGCCUGUGGCACCCGAGGACGGCUAUGGGGCCCGGGUCCGGGCAGCCAAGCUGCACCAGCGGCUGCUGCACCAGCUGCGCCGAGGCCCCUUUCAGCAGUGCCAGCUGCGAAGGCUGCUCUCCUACCUCCCCAGUGGCCGGCCUGGGAGCGCGCAGCAGGGCUUCCUGCUCCGUGACCCCCAGGACUGCCUGGAAACCAGGCGCGCUCUGAUUGAGCUGCUGGGAGCCUGCAAGGAAACUCCGCAGCCCCACCUGGGGGAGUUUGAGACCGACCAAGAUGGCCAGGUGUGGAAGCGUUUGUGGAAGCUGCAGGACGGUGGGUGGCAGGAGGUGGGUUGCGCACUUGUGAUGCCCACACUGGAGCCCCCGCUGCACCCAAUUUUGCCGGACCUACCCAGCUCCGUGGUCUUCCCCAGCCGAAAAGCAGCGAAGGCGGUGUUGGAGGCGUGUACAUCUUUUAUUCCUGAAGCCCAAGAGAUACUUGACCUGGUUGAUCAAUACCCAAAACAAGUCCAGAAAGGGAAGUUCCCAGUUAUUGCCAUAGAAGGGCUGGAUGCCACUGGUAAAACUACAGUGACUCAGUCAGUUUCUGAUUCACUGAAGGCUGCCCUCUUAAAGUCACCACCCUCAUGUGUUGCCCAGUGGAGGAAAAUCUUCGAUGAUGAACCAACUAUUAUAAGAAGAGCAUUUUACUCUUUAGGAAAUUAUAUUGUGGCCUCUGAAAUUGCAAAAGAAUCUACCCAAUCUCCUGUGGUUGUGGAUAGGUACUGGCACAGCACAGCCACUUAUGCCCUGGCCACUGAGAUAAGUGGUGGUCUCCAGCAUCUGCCCCCAGCCCAUCACCCUAUAUACCAGUGGCCAAAGGACUUACUCAAACCAGACCUUGUCUUGUUGCUCACUGUGAGUCCUGAAGAGAGAGAGCAGAGGAUUGCAGUCCGGGGAAUGGAGAAGACCAAAGAAGAAGUUGAACUUGAGGCCAAUAAUAUAUUUCGUCAAAAAGUGGAAGUAUCCUACCAGCGGAUGGAGAACCCCAGUUGCCAUGUGGUUGACGCCAGUCCCUCUAGAGAAAAGGUCCUCCAGACUGUUUUAGGCCUAAUUAGAAAUAACUGUAAUAACUUAUAA